GUGACUUGUUGGAGGUUCCAGACGAGGAGGAAAAUAUAGGGGUGGUAUUGAUGGUUCUUGCAGCAAUGUUGAACAUUAAGAUUGCUAUGCAAGAAACCAUAAAGAUCAUGCAAACAAUAUUAAUAUGCAAAGUCUGGAAGCUUACAAGUCUGCAG